GUAUACUGAAAACCACAGUACACUUUACGUUCAUGCGCAUUGGCUACGUGCCCAGCCUGUUCCCCUGGGCCAUAGCUCGUCCCCCUUUCUCCUCUGAUAUUUUCUUUCUAUUGUUCUUCUCUUCAGUAUCAGCUCUCUCUAUCUCAGACACCACUCACCAUGUCUAAUCCUUCAAGCGAAGAAAUAAACAGCAGAAACGUCAUCGAUAUCUCAGAUGAACAGAAGCGGAUCAUUUUCGAUUCCAACGAAUGCUUCGCAUGUACUCAGGUUGGAUUACCUAUUUUCCACUCCCAUCGAUGCUACCCUUCACAGCAACCGUACUGGGAAGCCACUGCCGGUUCCAGCCUAAGGCCUACAAAAUUGCGGGCCCAUUCCAAUUGGGCCAGACCGAAGGCGGCCCAUGGUGGGAUCGUGGACCCACGUAGCAAUAACGUGAAGAGGUGGAAUCGCGUGGUGCUGCUGGCGCGUGGGAUGGCGUUGGCCGUAGACCCUCUUUUCUUGUACGUAAUGUCGUUGAGCGCGGCGGGAGAUCCUUGCUUUUACUUGGACGUGCCACUUGCGGCGGCGGUGACUGUCGUAAGGACGUGUUUGGAUGCGCUUCAUUUGGCUUACAUUUGGCUUCAGUUUCGGCUUGCUUACGUGUCCAGUGAAUCCAUGGUGGUCGGCUGCGGGAAACUCGUGUGGGACUCACGUGAGAUUGCAUUACAUUACGUGCGAUCUUUUAAGGGUUUUUGGCUUGAUGCUUUUGUUAUUCUUCCAAUUCCACAGGCAGUAAUUUGGCUGAUUGUACCGAAAUUACUGAGAGAAGAGAGAAUCACAGUGAUAAUGAUGGUACUUUUGUUGAGCUUCUUGUUUCAAUUCCUUCCGAAGGUGCACCACGUCAUUUACCUAAUGAGACAACUACAAAAGGUCACAGGUUAUGUCUUUGGCAGCGUUUGGUGGCGUUUUAAUCUAAAUGCCAUAGCUUACUUGAUUGCCUCUCACGUGGCAGGAGCGUGCUGGUACAUUCUUGCAACGGAACGCUUAAUGGGAUGCCUCCAGCAGCAAUGUGACAGAAGCAAAAGUUGUAAUAAUCUCUCUGUUUAUUGUUCGAGGGAGCAAUGUGACAUGGCAUUAUUACCAGGUCGUAAUAACAUGACAACAAUAAGCUCCAAGUGUUUGGAUGUAAAUGGCCCUUUCAAUUAUGGAAUUUAUAAUCCUGUUCUUCAAGUCUAUUCCAGCAACUCCCUCGCCGUUAAGCUCCUUUAUCCCAUUUUCUGGGGUUUGUUGAACCUCAGCUCCUUCGGGAACGAGCUAGAACCCACAUGUAACUGGCUCGAAUUGAUUUUUUCUUGCUGCAUAACAAUUGCUGGGUUGGUGCUUUUUGUUACUUUAAUCGGGAAUAUACAGGUGUUCUUGCAUACGGUAAUGGAAAAUAAGAAGAAAAUGCAACUACAGUAUCGAGAUCUGGAAUGGUGGAUGAAGAGGAGACAAAUUCCAUCUCAUUUGAGAGGUAGAGUUAGACAUUUUCAACGUCAAAGUUGGGCAGCCAUGGGUGGUCAGGAUGAGAUGGAACUUAUCAAACAUUUUCCCGAUGGUCUCCGCAGAGACAUUAGACGUUUUCUUUGCAUAGACAUCGUCAAGAAGGUUCCACUCUUCCACUUGUUAGACGAUCUCAUUCUUGACAACAUUUGUGAUCGUCUCAGACCACUUAUCUACUCCAAAGGCGAAAAGAUAGUGAGAGAGGGAGACCCAAUUAAAAGGAUGUCGUUUAUAGUCCGUGGGAGAGUAAAACGAAGCCAGCGGCUAAGUAAAGGGUUCCUAGCCACGAGCACGUUGGAGUGCGGCGGUUUCUUAGGCGAUGAGCUUCUGUCGUGGUGUCUAUGCAGACCAUUCAGGGACCGUCUUCCGGCAUCCUCAGCCACAUUCACCUGUGUUGAUAUGAUCGAAUCGUUCGUGAUCGAUGCAGAGGAUCUCCGCUACGUCAUCAAUCACUUCCGCUACAAAUUCGCUAGCGAGAGGCUCAAACGAACGGCUAGAUACUACUCCUCCAACUGGCGAACAUGGGGAGCCGUCGUUAUACAGCUUGGCUGGCGCCGCUAUAGGAUGAGAACUAGGGGAAUUUCGGUGGCGCCUUCGCUUGAUGGAGCUACGGCUGCUAAGAAUCGGCUUACCCAAUAUGCUGUUUUGUUCCUAUCGCUCAGGCCACAUGAUCACCUUGAAUAAUAUUUAUAUGUUAAUUUAAGGACAUUAUAUAUAAAUGCAAUUAAUUAGCUCA